UUUGCUGAAGCGUCUGGGGGAAAACCAUCCAAAAAACAAUUGUUCUCUAUAUUUUAAAACCUAUUAUUGAUGAUAGCACAUAACGCUAACAUAUUUUGCAUUUAAGAAACAUAGUCUAUCUCUGAUAAAAUGUUUGGCAUAAUCGUUUCAGGACGACUGGUGCAGACCAACGAAGAGCCAGUGAGUGAAAACAAGGUGAUUUUCAACAUCCCAGAUGCAGACAACAUAAAUCACAUCGUUGUGUUCAUGACUGGGCAGAUUCCAUUUCCUGAUGGUUUUGGUGGGGCAGUGUACUUCUCAUGGCCAAGUCCAGCUGGGCAGACAUGGAUUUUACUAGGCCAUAUCACCAACAACAAACCAAGUGCAAUUUUCAAGAUAACAAAUCUUAAACAUUCUGAUGCAACCAGCAGCAACCAUCCAUUUGGCCAGAUGACAGCCCAGACCCACCUGGCCCAGAUUGGCAUCUCGGUAGAGCCUGAGUCCCAGCUUGCCCAGCAGACACCUGCAUCAAUAGCCAGUACAUCUGCUGUAGAACCUUUCGUAGAGUUUUCCAAGAAAAUGUGCGAAAAUGUCUACAACUUCAUGUCCUCCUUUGCUUUAACUCAGCCCCAGAUGACCCCUAAUCCCACAGAGACAUUUGUUCCACUGAGUAAGCUUUCUCAGUGGUAUGAAAACUUCCAACGAAGACUUGAACAGAAUCCAUAUUUCUGGAGGUCAUGACAUUGUGCAUGCUAUUGUGUUUACAGAAAGGCUCACUGUUGUGAAUAUGCAAUAUUUUUAAAUGAUGUCAGAAUUUUUUUUAUCAGUUUUCAUUGCCCUGUCAUUUGUUUGACGAAAUAUGAGAUCGCCCAUUUUGGGUGAUGUUUGGCAUUGGACCCAGAAAUGAUCUUGUUUGUGUUCAGACAUAGCAAUGCUUAUAAACCUAAUAAUCACAAAACUUGGCAACAAUGUUUUAACAAUGUUCACGAUUAAAGUGCUGUGAAUGAGAUUGAAAACCAUUUAAAUAACUGUAGUCUGUAGUAAUUUUAGAGUUAUGGUCCUUUAAUUUUGGAAAUUGGACCUAAUUGAAUAAAUGUCCACUCCUCAACUUAAGGGACAGAGUAUUUUGUAAACAAAUUUGAUACAAUCCUUAUAUGCAUUAUAAUCAAAUUUUUUUGAUAACCAGCCAAGUUACUUUAGUCUCUCUGGAGUUAUGGUCCUUGAAUUUUCAAAAUUGAACGAAAUUCAUCUGCUUCAGCAAAAUGAAGCUCGUUGUCUUUAAUUUGAAACAAUUUAUUUGGACAUAAAAUCUCAAUGAAUUUGAUAACCAUAAAGCUGCACUCUCACAGAUUGAACGUUUUGACAAUUGUUUUUAUUUUUUUCUUGGAACGAGCCAUUUUUUAGCAAAAAUCCAUGGAAACAAGUGAUACAAGAGUGCUGACAAAAAAAAUGAAUCGCAAAUUUUUAUAUUGCAGUUCAAAAAUUAAUGUUUUAUGCAAUUUUCUUAAACCGUAUGUAACGAUUAAAGCCAUUAAACAUUACUUUUUGAACGGAAAUAGGCAAAUCUGCGUCUGAUCUUUUAUCAGCAAUCUUUUAUCAUUGGUUUGCAGAUGUUUAUGCAAAAAUUUACCCUUUCCAAGACAAAAAAAAUAAAAAAAGUUGUAAAAACGGUAAAUCUGUGAGAGUGCAGCUUUAAGGUAUUUUUGUCUUUUUGGAGUCAUGGUCCUUGACUUUUAAAUUUUUGAAUUCACUGCUCAUUUACAUAAACAGUAUUUAGCUUUUGGUAUUAUUCAUAAUGUCUGAAAUUAGUUCAAUAUCAAGCAAAGUUAUUCAAACUUUAUAAUGAUUAUCCUAGAUUCGCAUGCUUUGGACUUUUGAACCUUUUGUUGCCAAAUAUUUGCAAAAUGUCUAAUAGUUGCCAAUAUUGGUUUACUAUCUGUAUGGGCAUAAUAUCGAGACUGAGUGGGAUCCCACUCCAAUGGCUUUAGAUAUUUGGAGUUAUCUCCCAUGAAUUGUCUGUAACUGCUUACCACAUACUGACAACUCUUUUGACAGGCGUUGACAAUUCCUUUUAAUGGCACUCUUGUUCUUGUAUGUAACUUUAUAUAUUAUUGUUUUCAAUUAAACUGUAUUGUAAGCCAAGGGUUGCUGUCCCCCAGCUACAUGUAGCUUAUUUGAUCCUCAGAUUCUGUGAAUUUUGAAUGUAGAAAUAUAAAUUGUAUUGUAAAAGAUUUUUAUAUACAUGUAUGCUUAUGUUCCUUUUAUUACACAACAGUGGUCGAAAUUAGCACAAGCCCGCAAGCCCUGCACUGAUAAAAUGACACCUGGGCUUGCUCAAAUUCUGAAUUUUAUAUAGCAGGGCUUGUUCAAAAAUAUGAUUCUAUGCAAUAGUAUAAGAAUUCGGGCUUGUUCAUCCAAAAGUCUAAUUUCAAUGACUGACACAAGCAUUUUUUUAGUAAUCUGGUUGUUGCAUUUUCCUGCAAUCGUUAUGUUGUGGUCUUUUUUUUUUGUAAUAAAGGAAAGGAGAGAUUUGUAAAUGUUGUAAAUGAUAAAUGAAAGAAAAAGAGAAAGAACUUACAAAUAUCUUCCACUCUGUCUGUGACCUUCACUGGAAAGAGGUGACAAUCAGUUACGUUAUCAGCAGCUACAUAGAGUGGAUUAUCAAGAAAAACCCACACAUUACACAUACAUGCACUGGUAGCCAUGAAACAUAAAUGUCACAUUUAUUAAACAGUGGAAAUAGGACUAAAUAAAUUCAUAUCACCACAGCUCCACUGUACUAUUCAGGGAUGCAGCUGGACUAAUCAUGAUAAUUGUUCUGUAAUCAUGAAAUAGGAAAUUCUUUGUUGUAAUUUUCGUAGAUUUGUAUUCAACUUAAAUCAGGUUUCAAAAAUGAGAUCUUAUAUACCUUGCUUUGUAGUAUCUGUUUCAGAGCUAUUUGUAUGAAUUAUUAAAAUUGACCCAGUACCUGUUUGCUUUAUAGAUUGUUUCCCAACAAUAUGGAUCUAUUAAUGACAAAUGUUGUACAUUUUUAACAAAUUGAUUGUGAAUGAUAAAUUGUUCAACAAUUGUGAAUAAAAAAGAAAAGAAAAUGGUAUAUUUGUUUUAAAACUUGUUACAUGUAUACUUGAAAUUUCAAAGAAAAAGAAGAAACUUCUUUUGUAAAGAGUGGAAAAGAAAAUGAAAUGAAGUGGAACUUUUUUGAACGAUCCACUGUUUCUUUAGCUAUAUUUCACUGCAAUAUCUGUGUUUGGUGCAUUUUGCUCAAUUGUUAUAAGUGUUGGUACAUAUACAAUUUCAUAAAGGCAAUUCAUUUUCUUGUGUAUAAUGUUUGCAGAUACAAUGUUAUGUUAUGUUAAAGUGUUAGGUAAGGUAUUCUCUGUGCAAAAGCAAUGUUAAUUAUUGUGUUUAGAUGUUUUACUAAUUAGUAUUUUGAGGUAAGUCUCCAUUCAAGUGUUCUUGAAGAGUAUUCAGAUUAAUUUCUUUUGUUCUUGAAGAGUAUUGUGUAGGAUUAAUGUAAGUAUUUCUCCAGUGUUAACGUAUUAUAUUAUAUAAUUAUAUCUUAAUUAACACUAAGCUGAUAGCAAUAAACUACGCCUACUUUGUCAUGUGACCCCUUUCUUAGGUUGGGUCCUUCGCCAAAUAUGAAAAGCAGACGAUAAGAAUAUAUACAGAAGUUAUACUUGGAAAUUAGAUAAAUAUAGCAUGGAAUGUGGUAAAAAAUUAAAACAAGCAUAACAUUAAAUUGUGGUUGAUUAGUUUUCCUUUUUUCCUUUAGGGAAUUUAACAAAAAAAGUUGACGUGUUUAGAAAAAAAUGUCAAAACUCUAUGGGUUUUGCUGUAGUUAUUUUCUCCAUAAAUACUCACUUCUUUUUUACAAGUUUAAUGAAUUAUAUAAUAACCUUUUUGUUUCUUUGCUAUGUGUUAAUAUACAAUUAAUUUAAUGCUUAUAUCAAGCAACAAAUGUGUUUCAAGUGGUCAUAGUCAUAAUCAAUAUGCGUUUUAUUCUUUGACUUGUGUCAUUCACAUAAUGAAAAAAUCUGAUUUUUUAUCUAUACAAAUAUUUUAUUUGUAACCUUUAGUUAUAUGUGCUUUAAGAUAUCUAAACUAAAUGAUUUAACAUUUUUCAUUCAUUUUUUUGUUAACUGAGAUGUCUUUAUCCCUAAAAUUAUUUCUAAACAAACUCAAAAUAAAUGAAUAUGCCUUAGAUUUAACAUGGAAUGCAAAAGAUUGAGACAAUUUUCGAAAUAUAAAUAAAUCACGGCAUAUCGUCACUUUUAUACUCUCAUAUUGUUUCCUAGCACUUUAUGUAGUAAUGACAUGUCCUAUUUUAAGAACAACAUAUUUUAUAUGUCAAGUAUGUAUGGUUAACAUAAAUGAUUAGAAACUCUUGAUGGUUACUAAAGGUCACUUUUGAUUUAAACGAAUACUAAAAAUGCAUAAAUACAGCAUCAUGUCAGAAUUAAGGCUUUUCUUAUUUGUCUAAGCUCUCCCUCAGUAAUGACAAACACAUUUUGUAGUUUUAUGCGAGUGUUUAACUUGGUUUAUCAGAAUGAAAUCAAAAUAUAUAUAUAUAGAAAACAGCGUAUUACACUACUGUUGAUAAGUGCAGAUUGUCGGAGGUCAUGGUGGAUAGCAACAUGCAACUGAUAAGCCUGCCUUAUCUUGAGGCUCUUUGUUAGUUGUCAUGUCAAUUGCUUUGACUGAGUUACUUCUUUUAUGUGGUUAUAUUUAUUAGCUGAAAUCCACUAUAUUUUUACUGUGCAGAAAUGAGUUUCGUUGAAAAGGCAUGUGUUACAGAAUCUGAUUGUACUGAUUACCUCCGUUUUUAUUGCAAUUAUAUGUAAUAAUGAAAUCUCAUCCUGAGAUAACGAGUUCUCUGUUGGGUGUAAUUAUAUACUCAGUCAUUAAGGGGCUCCAUUUUCUUUACCUGAUCAGAUGUAGCAGUCAGGAUCAUAAUAUACCAACUGACACCAUUAGCCUUUGAUCAAGUAGAUGGGUCAUUGGCAUGAUGGGGAUAUGGGAAAUUGCUCCAGCAGUGGUGAUGAAUUUAUUUUGUAUAUUGUGUCCUACCUGGGCAAAGUUAUAUGUUGAUCUGAGGGUUACCCAGUAUAUUAUGAAUUGGUUUUUCUCUUACUGUUAUUAUAUGAAUUGAGUCACUUAAGCAUGUCUUAUAAUGCAUGGUGUUAUACAUAUUUUCAAUUUAUUAGAAUAGACAAUUUGAAAAUAUAAUUUGCUAAGGCUUGUCCAUGCGUAAUAAAAGAACAAAAUAAUUUUAUGUUUUGCAAUCAAGUUAUUUUGAUACACAUGUAAAUGCGCAUAACUUGCCUCAAGGUCAAUGUUUAGUACGUAAUUUGUUCUGUAGAUUAGCCCUGCUGCAAAUGUUUUGACAUUGAAGUAAAGGUCAUUGACAAUGACACAAUGAAUCAAAUUUGUAGUUCAUAUGUUAUAUAGCACUUUAUCAUUUGGAAUCUUUAAAUAUUUAAGAUGCUUGGAAUGUGAAAAAAAAAUAUGUUAAGGUCAUAAUUAACUCUGUUUGAAAAUUAUUGAUACCCAUACAACAUCUGCCAAGACGUACAUAGUGUAAAUGUUAAUGUGUUGUCGGUCUUGAUUGAGAGAACUACUUGCUACAAUAACUAGAGAGACAAUCCUUGCUAUGGAAGAGCAUCAGCUCGUAACAUUUCUACAGUACUCUUUGCAAAUGCACCUCGCAUGUAGCAAACUGUUAUGUACCUAUUAAACUGAACUGUGCCAUGCUUUUUGUGUUUUUAUCAUUUAUCUUAGUGAUAACUAAAAAACAUCAACAUUGGUAUAAAACCAGUGCAUUGUUACAACCACUGCAGAUCAAUGUGGUGCAUUUGGAUUUUGCCUUGAAUGAGUUGAUUGUCCUUUCUUUAAAGCUGCACUCUUACAGAUUUACCAUUUUGACAACUUUUGUAAUGUUUUGUCUUGGAAUGAGCUGAUUUUUGCAUAAAUAUCUGCAAACCAGUGAUAUAAGACUGUUGACAAAUGACCAGAUUGCAGAUUUUCAUGUUUCCGUUUGAAAAUUAAUGUUUUAUGGCUUAAAGCGUUACUAACAGUUUAAGAAAAAUGCAUACAACUUCAACUUUUCUGCAUCUGAUUUUUUGUCAGCAGUCUUAUAUCACUGGUUCCCAUGCAUUUUCGCAUAAAUUGACUUGUUCCAUAACAAAAAAUUAAAAAAGUUGUUAAUCUUUUCAAUAUAUUCUACUGUAUUUGUAGGACUGUUUUAAAUACAUGCAAGUGGAAAGGGAUACAAUAUUUCAUGGUUUCUGGCUCAAAAUUCAUAUGAUCUUACUUAAAAAAUUAACAUUUGCCUGGAAAAUAUUAGCCUGUGCCUUUGAACUGAUUGGCAUCGUUUGUUUAUCAUUCAGAGUGUUAACAUUAAAUAUUGGAGGGCUGUUGUUUUACGCCUAGAUUAUUACAGAACAUACCCAUGUGUUAAUGUAAUUUUUUGAGAGCUAUCAUAUGAACUGUUGAUAUUUUAAGCAAUAAACGCAUUGUCUGCCA